AUGACGAAAACUACUCCGACAUCUUUACCGCCGAAUGUUACUCGUUUGCCACAAACAAACCAACUUGAUGCUUUAAUGACUAUUAUUAGGAACCGUGCUACUCCACGUGGUGAUUUUAUUUUUUACUCGGAUCGAAUUAUUAGGUUGUUGGUCGAAGAAGGGUUGAAUCAUUUACCCGUCGAAGAGAAAACUGUUACUACGCCCACAGCUAAUGAAUACCGAGGCGUGCAAUUUAUAGGCAAGAUAUGUGGCGUGUCAAUUAUGCGUGCGGGUGAAUCUAUGGAACAAGGAUUACGUGACUGUUGCAGGAGUGUCAGGAUUGGAAAAAUUUUGAUUCAACGCGACGAAGAGACUGCUAAACCAAAGCUUUAUUAUGCGAAAUUACCUAAUGAUAUUGACAAACGAUACGUGAUGUUAUUAGAUCCAAUGUUAGCAACCGGUGGCUCAGCAAUAAAAGCUAUCGAGGUACUACUUCAAAAUGGGGUACGUGAAGAUCGAAUACUCUUCCUAAAUCUAAUAGCAGCUCCAGAAGGCAUAGACGCCGUGACCAAACGCUUUUCGCAGCUGAAGAUUGUGACGGCCUGUGUUGAUCAGGGGUUGGAUGAGAAAAAGUAUAUUGUACCGGGUUUGGGAGAUUUUGUCUCUUUGGAUGGUGACUCGUUUUUGGAUCGCGCUUGGUCGGAACUCGACAAUUUGGAACUGAUUUUCGAUGGGGUGAAUAAACCGACUUUGGUGUCGGAAUGGAAUUGCACGGAUACCACGAUUGAUGGGCAAAUGAAUCUUAGUGGAAAUAAAAGAGUGAGGAUGUGUGUGUUUACGAAUUUUUGUGUGGAUAGGGAUCGUGGUGCAUUUCUUGUUCAAAAUAGUUCAAAACCUAGGCCACCUAUAGUUAAUCUUGUGGCAUCUGACAAAGAAUCGGAUCGAGGUUGGACACCACGUAUAUUUGCACAAUUCCCGUCGCGGCGCUAUUCUUUAGUUGACGAGAAAGUAUUCGUGUACGGUUUAGUUAGUCCGCACGAGUUUGGUCACUGGAUGUUUAAUGGAAUAUUACCAUUAUGGAGUGUAAUGAGAGCUUAUAACGCUACACCCGAAUCCUGGCUAUUUCGCGCUGACGCGUGGGAUGGAGAUCGUGCACCAUCAAGAUUCGACAUGAGCUACUUGUCGUCAAGAGGUCGUGAUAUUGUACUCGACCCAUUUCACAAAACAUCAGCAUUUCAAAUUUUAGCACCAGGUGGAACGGUACCGGUAUGCUUCACGAGUGCUAUUGUUGGUUUGGGUAAUCGAUGUUCACAUAAAUUUUGUGACGGAAAUGUCGCCGGGGAUGAUGGGGUCACGUUGAAAGAACAAAUUUUUGAACAUUAUAAA